GUUUUGCUUUGCUUUGCACCUGUUCUCAAUGUCUGACUUCAACGCCGUUCCGCCGCCUGCCAGCUCUGGCGCCGCCGUCUUCGAGGAAGCCAUGCGUCGUGCUCGCGAUCUCGCUGCCAAGCUCGGCGCACCCGGUGCAGGCGCUGCUCCUUCCGAUGCAGCGUACGCCGCGCCGCCCAGCUCGGAGCCAAGCAUGUUCAAGCGAUCGCACGAGGAGUCCGAGGGCGCAGGCCAGGACGGUGGCGACGCUAACGGCGCGAGCAAGCGUGCUGCGUUGACCGACCCGGUGAGCGACUACCCGCAGCCAGGCCAGUCCGCACCGGCCACCGAUGCAUUCUCAGUGCCCAGCCACACGAUUGGCCUGAUCAUUGGACGACAGGGCGAGACCAUCCGUCGCAUCGAGUCCCAGACAGGUGUUCGUGUCCAGUGCGCGCAGGACGGCGGCUCCAACGAUCGUGUUGUCACCAUCUCUGGUCCUGCAGAGGGCAUCGAGCUCGCCAAGUCGAUGAUUCGCGAGAUUAUCUUCAAGGACGACCGUGUUGCGAGCGCCCAUGGCGCUGGACACGGUGGCUCCCAUGGCGGUCCCCAUGGUGGUUCCCAUGGUGGCGCUGCUCCUUGGGCGACUGGCGCAAACACAAUGCCCGUUUCUGGCGGCGGCGCAGAGCCCUUCAUCAUGAUGAUUCCUACAUCUCGUGUUGGUCUUGUGAUUGGCCGCUCUGGUGACAAGAUCCGUGAGAUUGAGGCGCGCACCGGCGCCCGUCUGCAGAUGAUUCAGCACGGUCUGCCACGCGAUGCCACCGAGAAGCCGCUCCACAUUACCGGCACUCAAACCGUCAUCGAGGCGGCCAAGCUUCUCGUCGAAGAGGCCAUCCGACCUCUUGACCAGGCCGGCGCUGGUUUCGGCGGCUCGGCCGCUGUCGGCGGCACCACACUCGAUGUGCAAGUGCCCCGAGAAUUCACUGGUGCCGUGCUCGGUGAGCGUGGUGAUACGAUCAAGCGAUUGCAGCACGAUACUGGCACGCGUAUUCAGUUCCGCUCUGGCGACGACGGUGCUGCCAUCCGCACUUUGCAGGUGACUGGCGAGGAAAGCGCAACACGCCGCGCCGAAGCUGCAAUCCAGGUCAUCAUUGAAGAAGCGCGCAACAGGCGCCCUGGCUCCCGGGUCGAGUACUCCGGUGGUGGCGGCUCUGGCAGCUUUGGAUCUGCCUCGUUUUCUGGCAGCGGUUCUGGUGGCUACUCUGCACGCAGUGGCCACACGAACAUUCAGGUCGCUGUGCCCGCCCGCAUCACCGGCCUCGUCAUCGGCAAGAGCGGUGAGAAUGUCAAGUACAUGGAGCAGGCGACUGGAGCCCGUAUCCAGCUGAACAAGGAUGCCCCUCCCAACGCGGUUGAAAAGUUCUUUAAUGUUUCCGGUGAAGCUGCUGCUGUCGAAGCUGCGCAGAACAUGCUUCGCGAGCGCAUCAACAGCCUCCAGAGCGAGCGCGGUGGCAGUGGCGGCUCAUCAGCACCAGGUGGCGCUGCUGGAGCCUACGGACAGCAGUACCCUGGCUACCAGAACUACGACUGGUCCGCUUACUACGCUCAGGCUCAGGCGUAUGCUGGCUACCCUGCCAACUACGAUUGGUCUGCUUAUUAUGCGCAGCAGCAACAAGCCCCUGGCGCUGGAGCCCCACCAGCUGGAGGUUCCGCACCGUCCAAGUGAAGCCGUUCGUCCCGUUUCCCGCGUGUCAGUUGUUGUGUUUGUUGUUCUCGUUUGCUCCGGACCUUUGCAUUUUUUCGCGCCUUCCCUUCAAGUGCUCGCAGCUUUGACGCUGCCCUUUUGGGUUGAUUUGCAUCGAGCGUUUUUGACUCCGGCAAUGAGUUUGGAGAAACCGUUCGUCUCAUUUGUUUGCAGAUUUUCCCCUCAAGUUUUUGUCGAUGGCCAGAAAUACACGCCGUUUGUUCUGAUAUGGGCCUGCCAUGGCUCAUUGACCGAUAAAAACCAUUCUGUU